GGUGAUGUAUUUUCUAUUAUGACUACUUGCAUCCAACAAGCCUUUUUUGAUUUCUUCAUCUUCUUUAACUGAAGUGUAAAGGGUAAAUGAUAUCUGAGCCAUUUACCAAUUUAAUACAUGCAAAACCCUCUUAACCAUUAAAUAAAUCAAAUUAAAGCCUGCAGAUGUUCUAUCUGAAGUAAGAGACAGCACUCCAACUACAAGACUGAUGUUGAAUCUUCCUCUCCCAGCAAAGGAAAAUCAGCUGCUCCUAAAUAUUGAGCUGCUCAGGCCUGCUGUGCCGCUGUAGAAGUGUUAAGCUCUUUCCCACUAUAUGCCAAAGUCCUAUAUUUCACUGUCAGAGCCACAUCUAAAAUUCCCAGUAACAUUGCCUCUCCAUUUCUCAGCUUAUACUGAAAAAUAAGCAAGUUAAAGCUAUUGAAAUUCUGAUUAAAAUCUACGUCUCUGCUCCUGAUAUAAUAAAUAUUUCAGCCAAUGGUUACAUCUAGCACAAGAUGGAAUUCACAAAAUGUAUGGGUUCCUUGAACGGGAGACCAUCUUGGUUACUUGGACUAGACGUAACCAUUGGUUGAAAUAUUUAAUCCAGCAAUUCUAAACUUUGUACAACAGCUGAAAUAUGUGUAAUUAACUCAAAAACCUUUCAAGUAAACUUUAACUUCAGUAACAUGGGACUAGUUCACUGACGUUGCUAAUUGCAUAAUGUGAGCUUUUGCUUCUUUUGGCAGGUACUAGUCAGUAAGCAACAGGAAUCAGCUCUUUCAUAGGAGAUGGCUACCUUCUUCUCUGACCUGGUUCAGUUCCAAGGACUAUUUCAAAUGAUUCUAGUGCUGGGAAUUGGUGGUAGUUUCCCAUACGGAUUCCAUAUUUCUGUCAUCAACUAUCCUUCUGUGCACAUCAGGAAGUUUAUUAAUGAAACCUGGAUAGAGCGCCAUGGCUCUCCCCUCCAUCCUGAGACAAUCAUGCUGCUGUGGUCCUUCAUUGUGUCUGUUUAUGGGAUAGGAGGGUUCCUGGGGAGCCUCUGCUGUGGCUACCUGACUACAAAAUACAGAAAAAAAAAGUGUCAGAUGUUCACCAACCUGAUCAUGCUGGUAGCUGCACUUCUCAUGGCCUUCAGUAAAACAGCCAAGUCCUUUGAGAUGAUCCUGGCUGGACGCUUUCUCUAUGGCGUUGGUACAGGUUUUUCUCUCAAUAUACAUCCUCAGUAUGUAGGAGAGAUUUCACCCAAGAAGCUGCGUGGAUUUACGAACUCCACAGUUGCUGUUUUUCUGACACUGGGAAAACUCACGGGACAAGUCGUUGGACUAAGGGAGAUUUUAGGAAGCGAAGCUUUGUGGCCCUGGUUGUUAGCAUCUAGUGGACUUUCAGCAUUGGUUCAACUGGUUACUCUCCCAUUUUUCCCUGAUUCACCAUCUUACCUCCUGAUCCAGAAGGGUAAUGAGGAAGCCUUCAGGAAAGCCAUUAGGAAGCUCUGGGGGGAAGGAGACCAUCAAGCAGAAAUUGAUGACAUUAUGAAGGAGAAGGCUGCAGUGACGAGCACCAAAACCCUGCGCGUCCUCGAAGUCAUAAAAGAGCGGUCUCUGCGCUGGCAGCUUUACAUCCUGGUGACCGUCAUGACCACCCUGCAGCUCUGUGGAAUCAAUGCAAUUUACUUCUAUUCUUUCGAAGUGUUCCAUACAGCCAAGUUUGAAGAGUACCUUAUCCCAUACGUGUCCCUGGGCGUUGGGUUGUGCGAAUGCUUAUCUUCUAUCUUGUGUAGCACCCUUAUAGAGCGAUUUGGGAGGAAGGUGCUGCUGUGGGGAGGAUACACGCUGAUGUGCUCGGUGCUAGCACUCCUCACCAUGACCCUGUCACUGCAGCAUCAGUUCUUCUGGCUGCACUACUUCAGUGUUAUCUUGAUCUUCCUCUUUGUUUUCUUCUAUGGAAUCGGACCAUCUGGAGCCACUGUAUCUAUCAUGGUUGAAAUCUUCAGCCAGUCAUACAGACCGUCAGCCUUUCUGAUUGUUGGCUGCAUCAACUGGAUGGGGCUGUUUGUACUUGGGAUGAUUUUUCCAUUGAUUGUUGAUAACCUUGGUCCCUUCUGCUUCCUUAUCUUUUUGGGAAUCCUUGUUUUAUCAGCAAUUUUCAUCUACCUGUACCUUCCUGAGACCAAGGGAAAGUCAAUCAUGGAAAUAAAAGCAGAGUUCAACAAGCUGAAUUUUGGAAAAAAAGAAAUCUCAGUGACAGAAAAUAACUUUCCUAAGGAACAGUUGUUCUGCACCAAACUCUGAAUGUCCGGAGGAGAAAUUUGCAUCUCUUAGAAAAGACAGGAAACAAUGUUGGAAUAGAACUAAAAAAGAAACAUUAAAAACAGACUCCGAGCA